GAUGGCGAUGUCAUUCUACGAACUGAUGACACAGAUUUCCGAGUUCAUACCGCCAUCCUUCGUCAAGCAUCUCCAUUUUUCCGUUCACUAUUCACCCUACCUCAGCCCCCAAGCACCGAUGAGAUACCGAUCAUUCCUAUGCAGGAAGAUGCACAGGUUUUACACGCCUUGAUUCGCAUCAUCUAUCCCAUUCGACACAAAUUGUCCGUCGACAAUUUUUCAUUCGCGCAACGAUUGCUUCGAGCAGCAGAUAAGCUGGAGAUC